GCGAGCGAGAGUUCCACUCUUUCGCCGAACCAAACAAAACCAGGCAGGCAGAGAAAAAAAAAACGACGUUGCCAGUCUGGGAGAACUCCAGUGUACCAGCAACCAACGGGUUCUUGGGAGAACGCGCGCUGUUGUGUGCGUUUGAGUGUGAAAUCCCCAUCCGUGUUCGUCCAGCGAGGUUUUGAGGGAACAACACAAGCAAGGCAGACAAACCUUCUGUUCCUCCUCUGCUAGCCUCACCGCACACAACGCAAACAGCGCCAAGUAGGCCUCCUUCCUGUCACCAGUCCUUUUCUCUUGUCUCGUUGGCCCAUCAGCUCAGCCAUUGAAGGGCAUGGACUCCCGUCCAGAAGACAACCCUUUUGCACAGCAGGGCGCCAUGGUGCCGCCCCAACACUAUGAUCAGCAGCAGCAGCAGCAGCAUCAAACGACAACGGCGCCUGGGCAGCAGCCUCAGCAAAUGAUGCAGCACGCCAUGAACGCCCACAUGCCACAGCCCCAGCACCUGCCACAGCAGCAGCAACAGCAGCAUCAUCACCAAAUGCAACCAGGCCACCUUCAGCACGGCGUGGCUGUCACAAGCACCAUGGGUGCCACACCGGGCAUGACUCCUGACGCGGCCCAGCUGGCAUGGACGCAGCCGUCCACCACAUCUGUGCAAGCACACCAGCAACAGCCAGGCGUUUCCUCGUUUUCGGGAUUUUCCGCAACGUCAGCCCACAGCACGCAGCAACAGCAACAGCAGCUGCCGGGCGGACUGGGCACGUCGGCGCCAGCAACAUCGACAACACCGGCGUCGACAGCAGCUACCGCGAUGGGCAUGGUCCAGGGCACCCCACACGCGCUGCACCAGCAGCAGCUGCACGCCGCACCCCAUCACCAGCAUCAACAGCAAAUGCAUCUGCAGCACCAGCAGCUUCGCCAGCAGCACCAGCAGCAUCACCACCAACAGCAACAACUGCACUUGCCACCUGGCAUGAUGUCGAUGGCACCAACCACCUCCUCCCUGCAGGGCAUGCCUGGCAUGCAGCUUGUCACGUCUGCACCAGCACAGGCCACGUCGGCGCCUGUGAUGGCGUCCACCGCGGGUGGCACCAGCGUCGCCGUCACCAGCAGCGGGGCGCCUGCAGCAAGAGCGACUGUGACCUCGGCCACGCCCGCCUCCAUUGCCCGCGCAGCUCCGGGCACAUCGGCGCCUGCCACGACCACCAUGGCUGGAAGCGGCGCGGUAGCCACGUCGUCUGCAGCGGUCACAAGUGCCGGCGCAAAGCCCGCCAUGCCGGCGUCGUCAUCGUCUGCAGCAACAUCGGCAAUGGCAGCAGGCGGCGACAACCUCACGGCAGAGCAGCGCGAGCAGCGCAUGGUCGCGCUCACCAUGACUUCCAUGCAGCCCGGGUCUAGGGACGGCAGCGGCCAGCAGCAGCGCCACCUGCAGCACCAGCACCAGGGCCAGGGCGCGGGGCAGUCAAAGGCCCAGCACCAACAGAUGCCUGCAUCUUCGCAGCAGUAUGCGCAGCACAUUGUGCACUCCCAGGCCUCUGGCGUGCCUUUCACCUCCGCGAGCAUGAACCAGGACGGCUCCUCUGGCAACGUGCACAUCAAGCAGGAGCAGACUGCUGCUCUGACGGAGAUGGCGAGCAACGGCGCCUUUGGCGGCCACCGCCGGCUCAAGGUCGAGGACGCCCUCACUUACCUCGACAGGGUGAAGGCGCACUUUGGCUCGCAGCCAACCGUGUACAACUCCUUCCUCAACAUCAUGAAGGACUUCAAGUCGCAAAACAUCAACACGCCUGACGUGAUCAAGAACGUCUCCCAGCUGUUUGAGGGACAUCCGGAGCUCAUUGUUGGCUUCAACACGUUCCUCCCACCAGGCUACAAGAUUGAGAUUCCCGAUGAAUCACAGCCUGAGCAGAUUGUUGUGAGCCAGCCGCGCAAGCAGCUUGAGUUCUCCCACGCCAUCCAAUACGUCAACAAGAUCAAGACACGGUUCCAGUCAAACUCUGAGGUGUACAAGACGUUCCGCAAGAUCCUGGACACGUAUCAGAAGGAGCAGAAGACCAUCUCGGAGGUGUACGAGCAGCUCGCCAAGUUGUUUGAGAAUCACAUUGACCUGCUUGAGGAGUUUUCGCAGUUCCUUCCCGAGGCAAUCCCGGCAGCCAAGGCGUACAAGGAGCGCCAGCUGCAGGAGGCCGCUCGCCAGCAGCAGAAGCGAAAGGCGGAGGCGCCGAAGCAAACACAGCAGCGUGCUGCCGCAAGCGCCGCGGAGACAGAUGAGGCGCAGCCGACCAAGCGUGCAAAGGAGGAACGGCGGCUGACAGGCGUUGAGAACAGGCCGCUUUCGAGCUACGUCCUCACCGACGAACUUCAGUUCUUCGACAACGUCAAGCGCCUGCUGCAGCCGCGCCCGCUGUAUGACGACUUUCUGCGCUGCCUCAACCUGUACAACAACAACAUCAUCAGCCGGGAGGAGCUGGUCACGGUUGCAUCCAACUUCCUCGACAAGUACCCAUCGCUGCUGCGCUGGUUCCGCCGCUUUGUUGGCGUUGGCGACGACGGCGAGGUCCUUGACCCGCAUCAGCACGACAUUGACCUGAACACGUGCCUGCAGGUUGAGGUGAGCUACCGCCGCCUGCCCGACGAGUUUCAGCACGCCCAGUGCAGCGGCCGCAAGAACAUGGACCCAUCACUGCUUGAGACGCUGAACAACCGCUACGUGUCGUUCCCGUCGUGGACGAGCGAGGACAACCAGUUUGUCACCGGCAAGAAGACGCAAUACGAGGACAAUCUCUUCAAGGCUGAGGACGAGCGGUUUGAGCUGGACAUGCUGCUGGCAACGAACCAGUCCACCAUCAACGCCCUGCAGACGUGCUACCGAGAGUGCAGAAGCAAAACAAACGCCGGCGAGACGUACACGCUCGACACAAAGCAAUUCGGCACAAACAGCCACGCGAUCCACCACCGCAGCUUGAAGCGGCUGUACGGCGAGCACCUGGAAGAGGUCCUGAACGGCCUCGCCAGCAACCCGCUCAAGAACCUCCCCAUCAUCAUCUCCCGCCUCUCCCAAAAGCAAAAGGAGUGGAAGGAGGUGCAGUUCUCCUGGAACCGGGAGUGGAAGCUUGUGUUUGACGAGAACUACCUGCGUGCGCUCGACCAAAUUGGACCCUCGUCCAAGAAGAAGGACUUGAACGAGCUCAAGCCAAAGGCCAUUCGCCAAGGCUUCAAGGAGCAGGCCGAGGCUCGCGCUGCGUACUUUGCACGUCUGCAGGAGCAGGGCGCUUCUCCUCCUGGCGACGCCCCGCUUGCCCGCCGUGUCUUCGACCUCCCUAAGACAAAUGCCAUGGAUGCAUUUUUGGAGCUGUUCAAGGCGGCCAUGAACAAGCACGCCGAGAAGGCCUGCGACAAACAGCUCAUGAUUGUGCUGUUCAAGACGAUGGCUGGCUUUGUGAGAGGCGAUGACAUCUCGGAGGGUGUGUCUGCGCUGUGCCCUGUUGCACCCGCUGCCGCUCCCGCAGAGGAGGAACACGAGCAGCAGGAGCAGCCACAGCAACAGCAGGACCAGCAGGAGCAGCCACAGCAACAGCAGGACCAGCAGUCGUCGUCCCAAGAUACCACAGCCAUGGAUGCAUCACAGGACACCUCCGACAGUGCCACCACUGCCGCUGCCACCACCACAGAGGGCGGUGCCACGACCACCACGGACACGUCGACUGAUGCCGCGGACACGUCAACAGACGCAGCAAACACGUCGACCACCACCACCACCAAGGAGGAGGACACACAGGAAGACAGCAAGGACAUGGAGACCAUGCCAGACGCUAAGACGACGUCCACUGCAAACGGAAUUGCUUUUGAGGUGCAGCUGCCGGACCUGGAGGAGCGCCGCCGCCAGGCACCGCGAUCCUUCUUCACCUCCACCAAAUGGGCCAUCGCCUUUGUCCUCUUCGAGACGCUGUAUGAGCGGAUUGCGCGCGUGAAGGAGCUGUGUGAACUCACCAAGGAAGCCGCCAAGCUGCCUCCAAGCGAACUCGCCAACAUCGACCCCGCCAUCGCCCUUGCUGUCAAGCUCGAAGGCGACGUGGCGAAGGACCAGCACUUUGAGCAGUUUAUGGCCUGCACGAAGGACCUCAUUGCGAGCCCGGCCGACCAGUCUGCCUACGAGGAGGCCAUGCGCAAGAUGUUCGUCACACACGCGCACCGCCUCUACAGCAUCGACCGUCUCUUUGGCUACCUCUUCAAGCAGAUGUACUCUGUUGUCCUGGACCACAGCAGCCUGCACCUCCUGAGGCUGCACCAGGAGCGGUUCGGCCAGUCUGCAGGCAUCGGCUCUGCGUAUCACAAGGCCGCCCUUGACCAUCUCGAGGACAGGGCUGCGCUGUACAAGGUCACGCGCACGGGUGAGCAUCUCUCCAUCGAGCUCAUUGGCGACGGAAAGGUCCCCUGUGAUGACGACAUCCCAGACAAGACGAGCGAGUGGGCCAAGUAUGUUGAAAAGUAUGUGAAGUACGACUCGGUCGAUAGCGACCUUCUUGACCAGGGCAAGGCCCCGCCAUUCCUCACAAGGUCAUACAACCAGGCCGGUGUUCCACACGAGACGGCCAUGGACGGGUGCCUCUAUGUUGAUCGCCUGAACGCCAGGUUCCUCCUGGGCGACUACCGCCUGCGCAUGGCUCCAAACGGCUGGGAUGUGUUUGCGCGCCCUGGUACCAACCGGUCGUGGUCUGACAAGAAGCACGUGGCGGCCUCUGCUGCGUUCCACCGCCAGAUUGACCGCGCCCUCAAGCCCGAGCAGCGGGCUCCAGAUGACAAGCUCUUCCUUGGGCCUCACGGCACACACAUGUUCUCCACCAAGACGGUGAAUGGCGUGACUGUGCGCAUGUGCACGUCCGCCAACUCAACAGACAAGACAGAUACGACAACGUCCAAGGGCUCGUCAGCAGAGGAGAGCGCGAAGCAGCCGGCCUCGUCGACUGCUGAAACAACACAGGGUACAGCCACUGAUACCAAGGCCGAGGAGCCCAAGGCAGAGGAGUCGCAGAAGACGACCACUUCUGCCAGCCCACCUGCCACGACCACCGCUUGAAGGAGGCAUGCAGCUGUAAACUACUGCCAGUCGUGCCGCUGUUGACAGGCCAAGUCUACCUUCGUGUACCCGUUUCGUUUCUCGCCCUCCGCCUUUUUUUUUCUGUUUCGUUUGCAGCAUCAUUUCCUCGACCCCCACGAACAACAACAACAACAACACCUGUGCUGCUUCUGUGUUUCUCGCGCUCUCUUAUGCAUCUGGCAUCAUGAGGUUUGUUCUUUUCUGUUGGUGAAUGUGCAUUGCACCGACUACACCUGUCUCCCCACGUUCUCCCUUCAGUCCAUGCUCUCCUUGUUUUUGUCGGGGCUGAUCGCUUGCCAACUCCAGUGCGCGCUGACCCUGUUGUGGAUAUUGCGGAGACAAGAGGAGCCAGGGGUGGCACAUGUACGUUGGGUGUUCCCUUUGCUUUGGUGGUGUGUAAUUGAAAGUGUUGGUGUUGGCAUUGUGUGUCGGCGUGUGCUGGCCCAUGCCCCUUCACGUUGCGGUUUGUUGUUGGCUUGUUCGUGUGUUUGUUUUGUCGGUUGAUUGGUUGCUUCUGUCCUCCUCCUCUUCCCCCGCGAUGCCUUCCUUCUUGCCCCGCCCCGCCCCUCACUAUAUUCUCUCUAUUCCUCUCAACCUUCUCUUCUUCCGCCUUUGUGCUUCUUCAUCUGACAUGUGGCGUGUGCGGCUUUGAGCCCUUGCUGCUGCUCUGCUGCGCUUGCUGCAUGUUCUCUUGUCCAGCCCUUGUUCUCUUUGACUGACCCUUACGCGUUGUUUAUUGCUCACAUGUUUGUGUACGUGUGUUGUUGAUGUGCGUUUUGGACGCGUUGUUGUCGUAGCUGGUGGUUGUUUGUCCCAUCCGUACGCGUGCGUGCGUGUGUGUGUGUGUGUGUAUGUGCGCGCGCACGGGAAGCAACGUAUUCAGUUGUCUCACGUUCUUCUUGUCUUCGCUUCAUUCCAUGCACUGCUUCAGCUUUUUCUCCCCUCAAUACAACAACCAACCCAUCACCACUGCUGCAAGAGCGUGGAAAGCACAAUCGUUCUCACACAAGAAGCACACCAACUAACUCUUCAUCACGAGGUUUGUGUUUCCAUUGUUUCUCU